CUCGAUCGUUGAAACACCGAAACAGAAACGCGAACGCGUGGGCGAUUCGAGGGUGGGGAAUCAGCCGGUGCUUCCUUCUCUAUUCUCUCUAUACUCUAUAUACGCGAAACCGCGUCGCGUUCGCGCAUGCAUUGUGGUGAAUGCGGUCUGUGGCCUGUGCCUGUGGUCGACGAGCCGGGGGAUCGUCCGAUAUGCGUAUUACAUACGCAAUACGCGACUAAUUUAUUAUAAUAUUACUCAUCCAUCGGUUCGCCCCGCGCGAAUGAGGUGAUUCGCGUCGACGAAGGCGCAAUUGUCAAUUCUUUCUCCGCGAAAAUCGAAUCGGAAUCUCUCUUUCUCUCCGUCUAGGUGUUUACGAAAAACAGGUAGACAUUCUCUUCCAGCACCCUUGGCACGAUGAAUCCACGUAGUAAUAGACGAUUUUGCGGACGAUACAAAUAGAAGAGAGCAACAGGAAUACUUGCACCUCUGAAGUUUCGGAUAACGCGUGAUCGAGCGUUUCUCGUUGUUCAGGACGAUACUUUUGCGUAAAUGUGCGGCGGUUUACGAUUGCAGACGUCGACGGAUUGGAUACGUUAGGUGGUUAGAUUUUUGAGAGUUUUUGAUACAUUCCAGAAUGUAUCGUAAACUCAAGUUCGAGGUGGAAUACCUCACCGAGGAACACCUCACGGGGUUCGAGAGCUAUAAAUAUAGCUCCUUGGAUACAAGCCCUCUAAGCGUAUAUGUUAUGCAUCCCUUUUGGAACAAAGUAGUACAGUAUUGUCCAAAGUGGGUUGCCCCAAAUGUACUAACCUUUUCGGGAUUUCUUUUUACUGUGUUGAAUUUUAUGUUAUUUGCGUAUUAUGACUACUAUUUCUACGCAUCCAGUGAUGACAAGCCGGAAUACCCUCCAAUAUCACGAUGGGUCUAUGCUGUAGCUGCUUUUAACAUUUUUAUGGCAUAUACGCUUGAUGGGAUAGAUGGAAAGCAGGCAAGGCGUACACAAACGUCUGGUCCUUUAGGAGAAUUAUUCGAUCAUGGUUUAGACAGUUGGACCGCUAUGUUGAUCACUGUGUGUAUGUACUCAGUUUUCGGCAGAACGGAUCACAGUGUCUCGCCAUUACGAAUGUACUUUAUAUUAUGGAAUGUAUUUAUUAAUUUCUAUCUGAGUCACUGGGAGAAAUAUAACACAGGUGUUCUAUUUCUCCCUUGGGGAUAUGAUGCUUCCAUGCUAGCAACUGUCAUAGUAUUUACUCUUACCAGCAUAGGUGGACACGAAGCCUGGAAAUUCGAAUUACCAGGUGGUGUGUCAGCAGGAAUGAUGUUCGAAAUGCUGUUUUAUGUUAGUGCACUUGUGUCUAAUUUGCCAGUUGUUCUUUGGAACAUAUACAAAUCAUAUAGAGAUAAGACCGGCAAAAUGCGGACGUUUCCAGAGGCCAUAAGGCCCUUGGUGCCGUUAAUUUUGCUCUUUGCAAUUUCUACAAUCUGGAUAAUACACUCUCCAAGUAACAUUCUAGAAAAGGAUCCAAGAAUAAUAUAUUUUGCCAUCGGCACAAUCUUUUCCAAUAUAUGCUGUCGAUUAAUUGUAUCACAGAUGAGUAAUACUAGAUGUGAAAUAUUACCAUGGAUAUUGUUGCCAGUCGCAGUAGCCGCUAUUUUUUCGUUUAUGUUGCCUAGCAUAGACCUAGGAUUUAUGUAUUUGGUAUCUAUAGUGGCUCUGUUAGCACACGUUCAUUAUGGUGCUUGUGUGGUGCGUCAAAUGUGCCGUCACUUUCGUAUUCAAACGUUUUCCAUAAAAGAUCAUUCCGAAUGACUACUUGCCGACGAUAUAUGUUGAAAACGAAGAAAUUACGAGGUAAAAAAAAGUCGUUAAAAUCGGCACAAAGAAGCAAACAGGGAGAAGAGAUCUGACACACACAUAAACAUACAAAUUGUUAUUAGAUUUAAUCGUGAGAAGAUUAAUUAUCAUGACAAGACACUUAUUGGGAGAACAAGAAAUUCUAGAAUCACGUCCUUCACACGAAAUACGAUUAUGUAAAUGUGCUAUUCGCAGAGAUUGCAAUAGUGUUAUUUCAUUUCACAUAUCAUAAUCGUGAAUCAUCUACAGAAUCGUCUGUUGACUUUUACGCCAGAAACAAAUUCUCCGUUCUACAAGAAUUCCUUAUAUAUUAUCUUACUGUGAUAUACAUUUAGUUAUCCGCGCAUCAUUUUUUUAUGUUUGAAAGAAUGGUUUAUCCAAACAUUCUCCAUAUAUGCAGCUUAAAGCACCGGGCUUACAUAUGUAACAUGUAUGUGUGUACAAAUACUUUUUCUUUGAAUGCUGCUGACUUCAUCGAGCAGCAACCUGUAAAAAUACGCACCUUCGUUUUUGACACGUAUCGUCCCUCGGAUGUUCAUCUUACUAACAAUGUAAUAUCUAAAUUUUUUCCUUUUCUUUUCUCUAAUUUUCCUAUUUCUUUCUAAAAUUGUAUAAAUUAUCAUCAGCAAUUCAUAUACGUUUCAAUAAUAGAACAAUGCAUGUUGUGUAGUAAUACAAGUCAUUUAGUACAAGUUAAUAAGUAUGAUAAUGGGUCGAGUGUAUUAUUGUUUAUAUUUCAGUGUAAAUUUAUGUUAAGAUAUGUAUGAUUUGUAAUUAUUACAUUAUUAUCGUACUAGUUCUAUACGAAAUUACUUUGCAAAAUUCAAUAUAAUCAAAUAUCAAUGACAAGAAAUUAUUUUAUUUUAUAUACUUUAAAACGAAAAUGUUUGAUUACAAUGUCAGAUACAUUGAAAUAAUGUUUAAAAACAUGUAAAAUUAACUAUGUUAAGACAUAUAUCACAAAAAAUUUAAGACUUGGUUGACAAAUCAAUUGUUUUUAUGUCUUUAAUAUGCUUACUAAAGCUUACAUUGGCUUACAUUUUGUUGAAAACUAUAUAUAUAAUAUAUUACAGUGAAAUAUUGCAAGACGUAUUGAAAAAAUACCUAAGAUUUCACGAAAUAAAAGAUAUUUUUACAAAGUAAAA